AUGGGGCUAUUUGAAUGGUCAUUCCUGCAAACAUGGCAGUAUCAAUUUACGGACUUGUCCUAUCCCCGGACCGAUUGCACGGGCAAGACUGCCGUCGUGACUGGGGCCACAGGAGGCCUUGGUCUCGAAGCCGGGAGGCACUUUGCGCGCUUGAAGGCAGCCAAGGUCAUCCUCGGCUGCAGGAAUACUGAGCGUGGCGAGGCGGCUAAGCGGGCCAUUGAGGACUCAAUCAAGGACCUGGGCCCCGACGUCGUUGAAGUCUGGCCUGUCGACCUUGGAUCUUUUGAGAGUGUCAAGGAGUUCUGCGACAGGGCCAAUAGCCUCGACCGCCUGGACUACAUGAUCCAGAAUGCCGGGCUUGCAGCCGCCAAGUACAAGUCGUUGGAGGGCUACGAGGAGACAAUCACCGUCAACGUGCUGUCGACGUUUUUAACUACACUCCUCCUCCUCCCUGUACUGAGGAAGACCGUAUCCGCGUUCAAUACCAUGCCUCAUGUGACAAUCGUGGCAAGCGAUGCCCACUACUUUACCUCCUUCCCUCAGCGUAAGGAACCAAUCAUGUUCCAAGCAUUGAAGGGCGACAAUGACAUGGCAAAUCGGUAUUACAUCUCCAAACUACUGGUUGUACUAAUAGCACGCGAGAUGGCCAACGCUUUGGAUACGUCUCCCAAAUGCAAAAUUGUGCUAAACACCGUCAACCCAGGGUUCUGCGAUACGGACCUCUGGAGAAAUGCCCCAUGGCCACUGCUGCCGAUUCUAAAAUUUAUGGCUCGACACGUUGGCCGGACCCCUGAGAUGGGUUCACGGACUCUCAUGUGGGCUGUGUUUGCGGGCGACGAGACUCACGGGGCUUAUUCUGGCGACUGCAUGCUUCAUGAUAUGAGCGCCUUGGCUCGCAGCGAGGAUGGGCACGCCACUGGGCGAAGAGCUUAUGGUGAGCUGCUGAAUAUAUUGGAAAUUGUGGUUCCGGGCAUUUCCGGGAACAUCUAG